CGAUGAGAAAGGAUGGUGUCACAAUACGUGUUAUGACCAAAGAGGACUAUGCGAAAGUUAACGAAUUCAUGAAGGACGAUUUUUACUUGUGGGAGCCUCUUUGCCAAUUCAGCGGAGAAUCCGUUCAACAGCAAAAUGAGAAGGAGAACGAUGAAAAUCACCUGUCGAUGAUUGCUCAGGGCACCUGUUUGGUGGCCCUCGAUGAGAGCAACGCUGGACAAAUAGUGGGAAUCGUUCUUGCCGGAGCCCAUUUCCCCGAGGAUGUAGCACGUCAUCGCCUUGAGGCGGAGGCCAUGGAGCAGCACCUUUGGGGCCGCAGUAGCGUCAUGCUCUCAAAAAUGGAACGGGAGGCCAAUGUGUUUGAGCACUAUGGAAUCUCGAGAAUGCUCUGUUCCGAGAUUACCAGUGUCGCUCAAUCGAUGAGGGGCAAAGGAUUGGGUUCCCGACUCGCCGCCACUUUGAUGGAGGUUGGCCGAUCUAAGGGAUUCCCAGCGAUGGUGGCCUAUUGCACGAGCUUCUUUUCCGCCCGACAGAAGGCAGCCCUUGGGAUGCAAUGCAUCUACUCCCUCGCCUAUGCCGACUACAAGGACGCUCAAGGACUACCGAUCUUCGCACCCAUUGCGCCGCACACUAUGGCCCGAGUUAUGGCCAUUAAACUUUGAGUUGGUCAAGUUGAUAAAUCUUGG